AUAACUUUUUUUCAGCCUUGAAUUGUAUUCAUCAUCAUCUGCUGCUGCUGCUGUUAAUUUAAGAAUUACGCACAUCUUUCUUUCUUCAAAUAUAAUAUAUAGAUACAGAAAGAAUCUCGGUCGCUAUGGAUCCAGAACAGACAUUCAUAAGGGUUCAAGAACGAUUCUCAAAUGUAUUAACACCAAGAAUCAGAGCUUCUCUUGAAUACAUGUAUCUCUUCAUCGCCAUCACUCUUUUCUGUAUCCUCGUUGUUAUGCACGCCAAUUACGUCCAACAGCCUGGCUGUUCAAGUGGACUUACCCAAGUCGCAACUACAGAGGCCCAACUCAUCCGAAUUAAGAUCACUAGUACUGGCUUGUGGUCACAAAGUGAACCUCAGUAUGAUGCAUAUAAUAUUUUUGAUAAAGAAACCGAAGCUAAUGAUCAGAAAGUUGCAGAUCAAAAUGUUGAUGGAACUACCUUUUUGGAUGCACAGUUUUGGUCAAAUUGGGUUAGCUCAAGCGGUAGGAGUGGAAAAUCAGCUCUAAAGUUCUGGAAGUCUGAUAACGAACUUCUUGCAUCACAACCUGACUCUUCUACUAGCAGCGAUAGUGAAGAUACUUAUAGGAAAACCAUGAAAGACGAGUCUCGUAGCAGGUUUCCUACGUCAGCCAAAGAAUCACUGAAAGCUGCAAUACUGCAUAUUGUCCAGAAGUGGCGUGGGCGCUUGUCAUUCGUCUGGAGACAUUCAACUCGAAUUCUAGGAAGUUUAUGGGACAUUGCAGGUAUCCAUUUAAAUAUUGAUAUCAAUAAGUGUCUUCGUAUACUUCACCUGGACAAGAUUAAUUUAUUGGCAGUGCAGUGGCUUGAAACUAGAAGCAACGCAUUUGAACCAUCUUAUUUAUAUACAGUGGAAAAGGGUUACUUUCUGCUACCUGAAAGAGCUAAAUCUCAACAUAACAUCCGUACUAUCAACAUUAGCAUUUCAGCACGUGACUCUUGCUUCGGGAAUAGGUGGCAGCAGCUUCUGAUCAACAGACUUGUAGGAUAUGAUACCAUUUUGAUGAACAGCUUACUGAAUUCUCCGGGUCAAGGCUACCUGUAUAAUUACCAGACAAAAGAAUUCUACAACCUUACAUAUGCGCAUGAGCAACCUGAAGGGUCAGCAUUUGGAGACUAUUUUGCAACCAAGUGUGGCGUUCUUAUGAUGUCUCUCUUUGUUUUCUUCACUACAACAAUGUCGGUUUCGUUUACACUGAGAGAGACGCAGACUCGCAUGCUCAGGUUCACAGUGCAGCUCCAACACCAUGCUCGACAUCGUUUACCGACUUUUCAGCUGAUUUUUGUACACGUAAUUGAAUCUCUUGUCUUUGUGCCUAUAAUGAUAGGUAUCCUGUUUUUUCUUUUUGAGUUCUAUGAUGACCAGCUUUUGGCUUUCAUGGUGUUGAUUCUUGUCUGGCUUUGUGAACUCUUCACUCUUAUCAGCGUCCGCACACCAAUAGCAAUGAAGUUCUUUCCACGCUUCUUUUUGCUAUAUUUUCUGGUGUUCCAUAUCUAUUUCUUCUCGUACACUCAUGGAUUUUCAUAUUUGGCACUAUCGACAACCGCUGCAUUUAUGCAACACCUCAUCCUCUAUUUCUGGAACCGAUUUGAAGUUCCUGCUUUGCAAAGAUUUAUGCAAAACAGACGAUCCCAAUUUCAGCAACAACCAGACUUCCAUAUCACCUCCUCCACCAUCCUCGCCUCAACUCUUCAUAUCACCAGAUUAAACCCCCCGAGGAACGUGACAGCCCCACCUAUCAGUACAGCCAAUCCAAUUUCUGGACCUGGACUGCGAGGAGGUCAACCUGCUCUACCACCAAUUCAAACAAACUUAAUGCCAACAAACACAGAAACGCAAACACUACCCCAGAAUGACAGCAUAAAUAGGGUAGGCAAUCACCAAUCAGACAGUGGUGCCAACCCUGGGGCAAUGAGUUCGUUCAGUUCCAUGUUGCUGUGGCUAUUGGGAGGUGCAUCUUCUGAAGGUCUCAACUCUUUCCUUUCUAUGUUCAGAGAUGUUAGAGACCAUGGUCAAACUUAUGCAGAAUCCCCACAGCAAGAAAACCGUGCAACACAGACUACUCAAUGAACCCAAUUUUGCAAGAUUGACUGGUAAUCAGAAUGGGGAUAUUUGGGUCUUGAUAUGCAUAAACAUGUGCAUGAUAUGCCUUGGUAUAAAGCAUUGUUAAUAUUUUGUAUACUAGUUAUACACAGAUGCCUUAAGUUAUUAUGCAGAUGUACUUUAUUGAGGCCUGACAUCAAUGAUCAUAUAAGAAAAAAUAGUUAUCAUUGUACAGCAAGUAGCUUCUGUUUGUCAGUGUUCGAAUCUCAAAUUUGUCACAAGGAUGUAGGAGAGCUGGUUGGACCUCGUUGCCAACUUGAGCUGGAUUUCUUAACUAAAUAAUUUUCAUGAUACA